AAUGGUAACCCAAAAUGUCAUUUUAUCAUCUCUCUCAACCUCCAUAUCCCACCGCUAAACCUGUGCCCCAACCUCUCAUCUAACUGCCCAAGGAACUCAACUUUUGUUCCUCUAAAAUUUCUAUGCAUCUGAAGGCCAUCACAAAAUAGUUCAUCGCUGAAUAAGUACUCAUUUUGCAGAAGCCCAAAAAUCAACGACAAUUGAAGUGAUAUGUCUAGGAGAAUCGACACCAACGGCAAGGAAGAUAAAAAAAUACGAUUUUCAAACAUGGCUGAGGACGACAAUGACCCAGCGCAUUUAUGUGAUGCUAUUGGUAGGCUACCAGAUGAAUUACUUCAUACCAUACUGGAGAAACUACCACUACUCGAUGCAGUGAGUACUGGAUUCUUGUCACAUAGAUGGAGAGAUUUAUGGAAGUAUGUUUCCGUUGUUGAAUUUGAUCCAUCAUGGGUUGAGUUGACAGGAAAAGAGAUUGUUUCAUCUCUUAAUCAGUUCAUCUGCCUUCAUAAAGGUCCAAAAAUUCGAAGUUUCUCUGUACGAUUCAUAUAUCAGCCAGAAAUGUCAACACAUGUUGUUUCAUGGGUCCUCUUCGCAAUUAAUAAGCAUGUUGAAAACUUAGAUCUUGACUUUGAUGUGGGUGAUACCAAUAUAGCAAGGAAUACUGCAUUUGGUCCAUGCUAUAAGUUACAUCCUUGUGUUUUCAACUGCAAAUCAUUGGUCAAAUUGGUACUGUGUUUCUGUAAUCUGGACCUGCCAAUGUCCAUUGGUCUUCGUUCUCUCAAAGUGUUACAUUUGCAUCGAAUUGAAUUACAUCAUAAUGCAAUCGAGAUGCUCACUUCAAAUGCUCCCGUCCUCCAGCAACUAUUCUUGAGCGAUUGCAACAGGACCAGGGAUCUGUAUAUUCAUGUAGCACCAAAUCAACGUUUUUGUAAUUUGGUGAUAAUUGAAAACUUUUUCCCUGUCAACCAUUCAACUAGAAUGUUUAUCAAGGCUCCAACUGCCUUCCAAGUGGCGUUUAUGGGCUCAAUGCCAAGGUCAAAGUAUGAGAUAGAUGAAGUAUCAGAAUGUGCUGAGGUUUAUUCCAGUAUUCAUGGGAUGUUUGGUGCUUGUGGAAAGGAUGGAAUAAAUGUCCUGUUUAAAUACUCUAAAGUUCAAAAGUAAGAAAACGUACUCCAAGAGCAUCUUACAAGUUUUCACAAGUCUGACGCCAUUCACAUGUGCAAUUGGUGUAUCUAGGUAUUCCAAUCACCCUGAUAUAGUUUUCUUCCAACUUUAACUCUUCAUGCCCCUGCAAUUCAUCAAAGACAAACAAUAACUUCUAAUGGAUUAACUUUGGGUGGCUCUAAUAUGGGCAACCCUACAUUGAACUAGAGACUCAAAUGAUCAGAAAAGUACUCUAGACCAAGAAAAGUAAAGGCCAUUGUUAUACAGUUAGAUAAGCUUGUCACUAAAUAUAGUUCCAACUUUUGAACGAAGAAACUAACAACACUUCAAUCAGUUCAUCUUCCAACAUCUUAUAACAUGCAAAUAUUUUAUGCAGCUUCUUUCCUUGUGAUAGCUAAGAAAUUUAAAGAGAUUAAAAUUCAACUGCACCAUUUUGGAAAUAAGAAGUACUUUCUGGAAAUGGGAACUACCAGGAAUCAUUUACAUUCUAAAAGCAUGUCAUAAGGUUGAGGAGCUGACGUUAUUAUUGGCUCCCAGAAAUGACGAGAUAAAGGUAUGAAAUAUGAAUUGUAUUCUAUGUGCUAUUUCUUUUACUUGUCAUUAUAUAAUGCUUUAUCAAUGCCUAACAGUUUUUGCUCAAUAAAUUGCCAGAUUCUCCCAGAUUAUUUGUUGCAAUAUGAAUUCCAGGAAAGCAGAUUCCUGGAUAUCCAAGACUUGGGACUAGAAUUGGAAAACCUAAGGACAGUACAACACCCAUGGUUUCCAGGCUAUUACAAGGGUCCAGGGGUGAUUAGUCUGGUUGGUUAACAGCAGAGAUACACCUCCUAACAAAAAAAAAAAGUAACUCAUGGAGAUUACCAGACAUGGAAGGAUGAAUAUUUUGAUCUGAACAAAUUCUUCAAUGGGGCCACAUUGGCAAUAGAGAUCAUGAAACUUUUAAGGGAUCAUGCAGUGAAUCUAGAUAGUCUUAUAUUUACCACAAACAAGCAAGAGAUUGAAAUUUUCUUUGAAGAUGAAGCAUAUGAAGAAGGAUCUGCAGAAGAAGAAGAAGACAAAGAUGAAGAUGAAGAAGAACAAAAAGAAAAAGAAGCAGCGGCAGCAGCACCACUGCCACCACCAACCAGGAAGAAGCCACCGAUUAAAAUUCACUUGGACUAUUAAGAAGAAGCUAAUAAGAAUAAAAGUGAGAGUGGCAUUAGUGGUCAUUGUUGCUCUAGUUGCGGUUUUUUUAAUCGGGUACAAGGUUUGAUGUUACAUAUUUUGUUCUAGUUGCUCUAGUUCUUGUCAUUGUUCUUGUUGUUUAAAGUUUAAACAUCAGGAUAUUAGGACGGCGUCACCUGAUGUUUAAAACUUUCUAUGUUGCCGUGUGUGUGCUCCUAUAGACAUGGGUUUCCCUU